AUGUCUGAGGACAACUCUGGAUCUACUGAUCGCAAAAUCGCAAUUGACAAUGUUAGGGUGUUCGAUGGGGAGAUAAUAAGGCCUCCAUCUACCGUGAUAAUCGAUGGAAACAUAAUUGGCAACGAUGAUUCAGGCAUAAGCGAUCGAAUCGACGGCCAAGGAGGUGUUCUUCUUCCCGGCUUUAUCGAGUCCCAUUCUCAUCCACGAAAGAUCACAGACCUCCAAUCUUUAACUAGCCAUGGCAUCACUACCGCCUUCCAGCUGGCAUGCUUCUCCAAAGAACAUGUCCAUUCUUUCCAGAAGCUCCCCGGUCUCGUUGAUGUCUACUCUGCUGGCGCCCCAGCCGCUGCUCCCGGAAGCAUCCACGGGAACAUGAUUCAGAACAUGGUCUCAAUGCCAAACCUACUAGUACAAGGAGAGGACGAUGUUGCACGUUGGGUCGACGAGCAAAUCUCAUGGCAACCCGACUUCAUUAAAUUGAUCGCACAAACGCCCGGCCUCUCACAAGAGACUCUGAACGCACUAGUCGAAGGUUCUCAUAGGCAUGGUAAGCAGGUUGUGUGCCACGCGGCCGAUGCCAACUCUCAUGCUCAAGCCAUGCGAUCCGGUGCUGACCAGAUCCAUCACACCCCUCUUGACAAGCCAAUUACCGCAGAUCUAGCCCAGGAGGUCUUGUCUCGUGGCCAGAUCCUCGUGCCCACUUUGUCGGUGAUGAAGGCCUUUGCCGGGCUAAAUCGGCCUGGCCUAACGAGCUAUGAGUCGGCUCGUGAAUCACUCCGGAUAUAUCAUGAGGCUAGAGUCCCGAUCACUAUAGGCACGGAUGCCAAUCAUGAGAUUGCCGCCGUGGUUUCCUUUGGGAAGUCAUUCCAUGACGAGCUAGAGCUCAUGAUGGAGGCGGGUAUGACAAGUCUAGACGUGCUUCGGUCAGCGACGGUGUUGCCGGCUAAGCACUGGAACUUAAAGGAUCGUGGGGUUAUUGAGCCGGGAAGGAGAGCGGACUUGGUUCUGAUUGAGGGGGAUCCGAUUGCCGAUAUUAAAGCUACUCGGAAUAUCAAACGAGUCUGGGUUGCAGGUGAAGAGUAUACUGGUCCUCGUGAAGGGGCGAUGGAAGCAUAG